GAGCGAGGAAGAAAUAAACAGUAUUCUCAAUAUUGCCCAAUAUUAGAAAAAGAAUUAGGUCACCCGAAGCUCUCGAACGACCCAUGCGUGGUGCCCUAACUCCUGCUUUAUAUAGAGUAGAUUUACGCCUUCUCGUUUAUUUCACUGUUCAGACGCUUCUGUCAUCUCCAUCAAUGGCUUCCACCAUUGAUUUUAGAUGCUUAGACGAAGGCCUAGGAGGCCAAGGCAACAAACCCAAAAACCCUAACCCUGACCCUGAGCAAUUCCAACCCAAAAGCAAAAGAAAGAGAGUAGCCAGUGAGGGCUACAAUGAAGAAGACGCCAUGGAAAUGGACCAGCCUUCUUCUAAGAGAGCAGCAAUCCCUUCUCUUGAGAACCCCGAAAAGCCCAUUUACGGGAGGCCCACCUUCGACGGAACGAUUGCGGGUAAAGUUUCAGGUCGAAAAUGGAAGGCACCAAAGCAAACUAGGGCAUCAUCGAUUAGGGUUAGCAGAAAGGGUUCGACUUUUGAGCAGAGAGCUAGGGCGAAGGAGAUAAAGAAGGCUUAUACUGAGAGAAUGACUGAGUUGAAGGAGGAAAUUAGGUCGAACAAGGUGGAGAAGAGGAAGAAGAGAGAGGAGAGAGAGAAGAGGAAGCAAGAAAAUAUUUUGAAGAGUGGGACAAAGUUUCAGAAGAUUACAAACCCUAAGACUCUGAAGAAGAUUGCGAAGUCGAAGCAGAGGAAGCAUCUUAAGGUUGUACCUGAUGAGCUCCUCAAGAAAUGAUACGUGAGCUAAUUGGCCUUUUCCUUUUCUACAUUGGCAUAUUUCCAGAGAGUGAGAUCAAGUUCAUACAUGCUGCUUUCGACAAAAUUUUGAGGUGUUUUAAGAAUUUGGUUCAGAUGUAAGAGUGUAGGUGCUGAGUUUUAAUUGUUUUUUUUUUCCCCUCUUAUUUUCCGCUUCUGUGAUUUUGUUAAAAUAUCAAAUAUUAUAAAAGUUUUGCUUGGAGGUGAUUGAGGGAUUUAGUAUUAAAUUCUGCCAUUUAUUUUUUUUAUAUUUCGAUGGUAUCCUGCAUUGUUGCAUUAUAUUAGAAUUUGGGUUCCUUUUGCAAAUUAUCUAGUCAUUUUAUGCAUGGGUGGAGUGUGUAUUAUGGAGGAGUACCUUACUUGGUGGACUUAUUAUAUUUGUUAAAUUGUUCAAUGGUAAGAGCAAGAUAUGUAGACUGGUUCAUUUACAAAAAAUAGAGAAAACAAAAUUUGCUAUGCAAUCUGGGUAUAGAGGUUAAUUCUACGUCUUGUCUUGAUAAGGUUGUCAUCAUAAUUGUUCCUGCUUAUGAUAAUUGUUCUUGUUUGUGAAGGUUGCAAUCAUUUUUUUUUGGUAAAAGUAAAAA